AUGGAAUACGAUGACAAAGUCCACGCUGUGGUGUCUAACAACGGCUCUGAGCACGCGAUCGAAAAUGCCGUCCCAGAGAAACCCGACGACGUUCGACGUGAUAAACAUGGGUUUCCACUCUUCCCCCAACCCACUCGUUUUCGCGAUGACCCCUUGAACUGGCCGUCGUGGCUGAAAUGGCUUGUGCUCCUUCAAGUGUCGUUCCUCGCCAUGCUUGGGCCGUUCAACUCGUCGGUGGUCAAUCCCGCAUUGGUGCCUCUUGCAAAACUCUUCCACAUCCCGGUCAAUCAAGCAUCAUACCAGACGACGUCGGUUAUCGUCGCUGUGGGAAUCUCGCCUCUGGUCUGGACACCGCUGGCCAACGUGUACGGACGACGACCGGUGUACCUUCUCUCGACCCUCAUCGGCAUCGUGGCAACGGUCGGCAGCGGUGUGGCGAAAACAUGGACUACCCUGCUCGUUGCUCGCGUAUUCAGCGGUGUUGGAGUCGGUGCGGCGAUGGCGCUGGGAGCCGCAACGGUCAAUGAUAUGUUUUUCCUGCAUGAGAAAGGGCUGAAGAUGGGCGUCUUCACGGUGUUCUUGACCAACGGCGCUCAUGUUGGUCCUGUGAUUGGAGGGUAUCUUGUCCAAAAGGCCGGUGUCCGUUGGGCAUAUUACUUCCCGGCCAUCGUCAACGCAGUGACCUUUGUCAUCAUGGUUUUUGCCAUGCCCGAAACACUCUUCUCCCGCUCCGAGAAGGUGCUUGCGCAGCACAAAGAGCGGACGUACAUGCAGAUGCUCUUCAGCUUCCGAAGGAACGCUCUCCUCGACCGAAGCGUCCACCUGCGGGAUUUUGUGCGCCCAUUCGAGAUGAUGAAGUAUCCCUCCGUGACGCUUACAUGUCUAUACUACACUGUCUCUUUCGCUUACUCCUCAAUCCUUCCGGCAGUGACGGUCGCCAUUCUCUUCACCAGAAUCUACCACUUCAAGACCGGCGCUAUCGGCCUCAUGCUUGGACUUCCACUUUUGCUCGGCUCAGCUUGCGGAGAGUUCUUGUCGGGGCCCUUCUCAGACUGGUUCAUGUAUCGGUACGCGAAGAAACACGGCGGUGAGAGGAAACCGGAAGCCCGAUUGCCCGCAUCGCUUGGAAGUCUUCUUCUUUGCCCUACGGGAAUCAUCAUCUAUGGCGUCUGCCUGUACCACGAGACGCACUGGAUGGGCCCUGUGAUGGGAAUGGCGAUUGCGAGUUUCGGCCUCCAACUCGUGACGACGGUCAGCUAUACGUAUUGCAGCGACUGCUACAAGCCGCAAUCGGGAGAGAUCAGCAGCUUGUACAACUUCUGGCGGCAGACCUUUGCCUUUCCGCUCGGGUUUUAUGCUUUGGCGUUUGCCGACGAAAUUACCAUCCAGUGGGCUUGGGUCACGCUUGCUUUGCUCACAGCGGUGACGUCCGUGGGGAUUGUGGUUCUCAUGAUUAAAGGCGAAGCGUGGAGGAUACGGCUGGGCCAGCCGCAGUUCCACAAGGACAUCUAA